AAAACACGACUGAAUCUCGAUAGAGAUAAACUGCACAUCGCAGAAGUUGAUUGCGGACAAAAUCUAAAUUCGAACAAGGCUACCGCGUGCGAACCAUAUCUUACUCUAUUCGUCCCAUGGAAGUCUGCUUACCUUCCUUACCUACUUUCGCGGGGCCAACCGGCAGACUCGACUCCGCAAAACUUUGGCAAGGACAGAUCGAGACAUGAGUGCAAUUCCCGAGCUGGACAAAGAAGCACCGAGUUGGGGAGAACUGGAGAAUAGCUCAACAGGAGCUGAAUCUCCCGAGUUGUAUCCGUCGCCGUCUGUCGUUGCGGGUGAUGGACUAUUUGCAAUUCUGGGUCGCGAUCUCAGCCUGUUGAGGCUGUAUAAGGUUGGGUUUGAAUCUGCUCAGUGUAUCCAAGGAUAUCACUCUAGCCUGGACCCAAACCCAAACUCGCCAGAGAGAAUGCGGCAAAUGUUCUGGCAAGGCCAAAGCAAUUCGACAAGGACGUUCGAUUUGGGACUCCGACUCAAACUUAGCGACAAAAUUGUUGGCCCGGGGCUCAUCACUAAACAAGGAUUCGUCGAUUGUAAAUGGCCUUCGCAAAAAGUCCGGACGGACAGUCCUGCUGGCCAUGAUUCACGAAUGUACCAAAAGGCAACAACUUACAUCCAAAACGGAAGGUUGAUCCAGGCGGUUGCCAUUGUUUGUGCUAAUGAGUCCGAUAUUUCAUGGCAGAUAGGCGGCAACGUCCAGAUGUGGAAUGACCCCUCCAUGCCGCACUCCACACCCUCGGACAUAGCAUAUACUGUCCAAGUGUCACCAAUUGGUGACAAAAGGUCACCUGUACUGACUGUCGCAGGGAAGGACCCCUCGAUGAUUGAGCAAGAUGAGAAUGCCGAGGAGAUUAUGUGCAUGGACGUGGCAGUCUUCUUGAACAGAGAGCCACAAGAUCUUGUCCAUGUCGCCACCAGUCCAACUCCGAAGUCGGUCAAUUUUACCCAUGGAUGUAGACACCCUAUCACGCUCGCACCAAGAAAAGGACAAUGCUUGGUGGCGGUCUUUUCUUUCCGCAACAUUAGUCAGAAGCUCGAAGCAGAAACCAUGAGUUGCCCAUCCUGGUCAGAGCUGAGAGAUCGACUUGGCAUCAAGAAAUCGGGCGAGCAGAACAUUCAGCCCGCAGCUUCAUCACUACUCAACCUCAACGCUGCUCUGGUGAAGAAAACCGGUAUAUCCCAACUUCAUGCUAUGCCGGACAUUAUCACGCGCACGGUUAAGCAACUCUGCUCCAUAGCAAUUCGUUUCGAGCUCGACGCUGACGAGUCGAUUUACGAUGACUGGAACAGCCUUUCCUCAGCUGGAGCAGCUCAAAUAGAGGAUGGCUCUGACCAGGCAGUUGGCGCGCACAGCCAUGAAACCGAAAGCCAAUUUGUGGUAUCCAUUGUCAACAAUCUUGCAGCUGGGGCUAUUACAGGUCAGCUUAUUCACGAACCAUAUUUUUGGCACAUACGGCUCCUCGCUCAGAUCCUGACUGUACUCAAACCUGAAAACCCUGUAAAUGGGCAAAGGCAAAAGCGGGGCGAGGGUUCUAGAAACGUGAAAGACCUCAAGGAAAUUAUCUCUGGAAGUAUUUCCAGAUAUCUAUCUCUCAUAAUUCAGAAGGAAAACCUAGUCGGAUCCAAUUUCAGUCUCCUGAAGGAGGUAGUCGAAAUCCAAGCAUUUUUGGCCAUGUCUCUGCUCUCAGCCCAUUCCUCCGUUAAUUUAGAGUCCCUUCCACAAGAUGAAAUGGUAGGAUGGAUUCUACCUAUCCAGGUAGAGACGGUGCCAGGUGAAGAAUCAUUUGACGCUGUUUUUCGACUAUUGCAGUGGUGCCAUCGCAAGAUCCUUAGGGAUAAAAGGUUCACGAACUUAUUCUCGAAGAAACCCUGGCUCCAAAAAUACCUUGACACCAAGCAGGAUAGGCUAGACCUGGAGCUGGAACGUUAUCGUGAUGGCGCGCUCAGACCCUUGCCGAUGCCAUCUGAGAUAGAUAUUCUCAGUGGAAGCGGCGAUGCUGCCGACGUCUUUUCUCAACUUGCCCGCGAGGAGCAGUGGCUGCGAUUAGCGCUUUUGCAAGUCGAACUAUUCGCUGACGACGAUAGAGUACGGCCGUUUCUUUCGAAGCUGGUGGAUCAAGUCAGUAAGCGACUGAAGAGGAGAGCUACUGCGCCUAUUGGGUACCUGCCGCCAUGGGGUUAUCGAUGUCUCGAUCACUUGCUGGAAAUGGAUUGGGCGGUUGCAAAAAAGAAACUUGGAUAUUCCUGGGAAGAUCUUAGGACAAGAUUCAGAGCUCUUACGAGAACUGUCGUUACUUCCUAAAAUCAGAUCUCUCGUUCUUCGCAUCCAGAGACUCAGCAGAUCCAUCUUGGAUACAAGGGCACUGGGACAUGGACUUGUCGAGCAGCGUAUGCUCGUCUUUCUUGCAAGCUGCAAAACUGCUUCAAAAGGAUCCUGACAACUCUCAUAACCCUGCAAACACGCUAGGUAGCUUAGAUCUUGGGACUAUCUCUCUCAUGAUGUCCAGCCUCGAAGCAGCCCACGACGUUCUU